ACAAUAUAAUUUGCAAGCAAGUUAAACCCUAUAUUUAAUAAAAUAAAAUAAAAGUGAAUUAAUGAAGCACAAAAUAGAAUUUAAGGAUUAUUCAGGCCUUUUUCCUUUUCUUUAUGGAAAACAUAAAUAAGUUCUUGUUUUGAAUUUGAUGCCAGCAAAACCUUUCAAAUAAGUUGCGACAGGGGCAUGUUUACCACAGAGUUGCAUCAGCUCUUCUAACAACACUCUUCAAGGGCUUGGAAACUAUGGCAGACCGGUUGCUGUAGAUUUGAAAGAAACAUGUUUUCAUGUAAGAUUUCAGCAGCUCAACACUUCAGAGCCCCCUUUGUUAUAUACAUGUUAUUUAUUUAGCUUUGGUUUGCAUUAUCUAGAUUGUUGCUACUGGGUGAUGGCCCUGACCUGUUUAGCCCCUGGACUCACUCGGUACAGAGCCAUACUGCUGUAAUUCGUGAGGAAUGUUAUUUUGCACGGUCUUGCUGAAAAAAAGCAAAGGCUUUCCAAAAAAGAAGUCAUCUGAUCCGAUACCUGUACAUAUCAAAUUGUUCAGCAUUAAUGGCGAUUUCACAGAUUUGUGAAAGCACCAUCAAGAUUUGUGAAGUUACUCAUAAUAUUGUUCACUAAUGUAUGCGCAUAUCAUCAGGAAUGGUGCCAUUUUUCUGAAUUAUAUUUAUGUAUAAUUUGUUUGUUUUUGCACAGUGGUUUUGAGAAGUUGUUUAGUCCACUUCACAGAUUUCCACCACAGAACUGAAAUGGCGCCGAAGAGUACUGCCGUUCAGUGUUGGUUUUCAGCUUUUCCCCCUAAAUACAGAGAAUUCUUAGAAUUCCCUUAAUCUUUUAAACAACACUGAACUGGAGAUUAUAUAACCCAGUGAUAGUGGAAGAUUAUGGAGAUUGUGUUUUACUUUGAGAAAAAAAAAAAACAUUGGUGAAACACUCAACAUAGUUGCAUCUAAAAGACUCUGUUCUCUUUUUAAACCCAAUUACAAAAUUGAUCUAUUUUCAGUUUACCCAAUUGGAAUCAAUACUGUUUUUUUAGAAGAGGUUUCAGGCAUUUUACUAGCUGGGUUUUCCCAUCUUUUUGGCCCCUGUUCUAAAAAGUAUAGCUUACAAUUCAAACUGAGUGUAUAUAAAACAAAAACAGGAAAGAAAAAUAGGAUAGUCAUUUGUUCUCUUCAUGAUCACAAAAUCAGUACUGCUACCUUACCUUGUACCUUAGCAAGAUGGCUUGAACAAAAGCCACCAAGUGGUUUUGUCUUACAGUGACAAAAUCUACCUUCCAGCACAUCUGUCAAUCAUUCAUUGACAUGUUUUAACUGAAAAGUGUAAAAGUACUAUCCACUAGAAUAGAGAUAAUGACUACCUAUUAAUUGGUGAGUUUUGCCUACAUAUUGAGUUUGCUGCCUCCUGGCUUUAGCCUUUAACAUCAGUACUCAGCUAUAAGAGCAAUAUAGACUUGACCUCCAGCACAAAGUGAACAAGUAGACAGUCCUAAAUGUCUAGCUAUUCCUUUUUGCAGUCUCCAAAUGGGUACCGCAAAGACAAUACAGAGGUUCAAUAAUUAAACGGUGGCUGCUCAGUCUGUGCAUUUAAACUUGUGUCUCUGUGGUAUGCAGUCAGGUCUUCAGCUGGUGUUUUUCUUUAUUAGCACAACAGACCAUGACACAUUUAUAUUCAUGUUGCCUUUCUAGCUGGUGACAGCAGCAUAACUAAACCCAGUUAGGCUAACGCUGUUUCUCAAGCACAGAUAAUGUGUUAAACUCUGAGUAAUGAGUGCAAAUGAAAUAAAAGAAGUCACAUUUUUUUUCUUAGUAGUAACUCAUUUCUCUUUACAUGCUGGCUAUGCACAUCAGCCAACUGUGUAAUGACUUUUCAUUUUUAUCAAAUCUUCAGUUUUUUUAGACAUCUGUUGUGUUUCUCUUUAAAUGUGGCAUUAGAUGCUUCUUUGAAAAGUUUCUAUUUUAACACUUGACUCAGCUGCGUGAACCUUACAUCUGCGUGCAGUGUCUGAAAAAGGCUAAAGGUGUGUCCGAGGCACAGCCAUGUGUGCUCUGCAGCUGACUUCUAAAUAUCCCGGCAGCUGCACUGCAUGUGCGGCUGCACUGAUACAAAACCACGAAAAGCAAGGAGCGCACUUCACCAGGCAUCAACACAGCCAUGCUACCUCCUGCCGACACUUUCACCUGGGUGCUCCCCAGGCGCCCAUCUCAGCUGAGUUUCCUCUAGGACAUGCCAGCCAGCCCCCGCAGACAGGCCUGGCCACCCACCUGCCCCCGACGCACCAUCCACCCCUCACUGCCCUGCCCGGACCCCCUCAGUUUCAGGAUGUGCCGGGGCCUUCAUUCCUACCUCAGGCCUUACACCAGCAAUACCUCAUCCAGCAGCAGCUCCUCGAAGCGCAGCAUCGCAGGAUCCUCCCACACUCCAGAAGAGCCCAGGAGCGUAUUCCCCUGAACCCUCACAGACUGCGUUCGGGCUACGAGUACUCCCCGCCCCUCCAUGUUCCUCAGCCAAUGACACAACAACCGCGGUACCUUGCCGAAGGCACCGACUGGGAUCUCAGUGUAGAUGCUGGCCUCCCUCACCAUCAGUACCAGCUCCAGCAGCUUCCGCAGCACUAUCAGCAUUACCUGGCCUCCCCUCGAAUGCAUCACUUCCCCAGGAACACAUCCUCUGCACAAGUGGUUGUGCAUGAAAUCAGAAACUACCCAUACCCCCAGCUUCACCUGUUGGCGCUGCAAAGUUUAAAUCCUUCGAGGCACGCCACUGCUGUGCGAGAAAGCUAUGAGGAGCUGCUGCAGCUGGAGGAUCGACUGGGGAGCGUUAGCAGAGGAGCUGUUCAGACAACCAUAGAGAGAUUUACUUUUCCACACAAAUACAAGAAGAGAAAGCCCCUGCAGUUGAAGAUUGGGGAGGAGGAGGAAACAGAUGUUGAUGAAAAAUGUACCAUAUGUUUGUCCAUGCUGGAGGACGGAGAAGAUGUCAGGAGGCUGCCCUGCAUGCACCUCUUCCACCAGGGCUGCGUGGACCAAUGGCUGGCCACCAGCAGAAAGUGUCCAAUCUGUCGAGUUGACAUCGAAACACAGCUGAACCCCGACAGCUGAUGAGAUUCGACACUCUCGUGAUUCAGUCGCCCUCGUGGUGCGAUUCUUGCUUUCUUCCACCCCCGGCUCGCCAGCCUCCCCCACCUUACCCUACCCCACCCCACCUCCCUCCACCUCCUUCCCGUCGGGUGCUUUGCCAAAUGUCUCCAGACUUCAUGUGACAUCACCACCCUUCUGAGUCACGCUUUACUGAGCCAAGCCAGGAAAACUAACUGCACGGAGAGGCCGCAAAGGACUCUCUUUAUAUAGAAGCACAUCCCUCUGGAAGCAAAAGACACACUAACAAACACAUACUCAUGUACACAGGGUUUACUUGUAGCUUGCUGGUCUUACGUGGGGUUGUUGUUGCUGUUGUGGUGUUGUACUGUAGGUAGCCUGGGGCUGUGUAGCAUGUCCUCAAAGCCAUGACUUAAUGUCCUGAGACUAGAAAACACAUAACCCCAGACCUAGCUGGCUACUUUUCUCUCUUCUCUUCAAUCUCUCUCUCUUGCUCUCUUUUUACACACACACAUAUAUAUAUAUACACACACACACACACACACACAAAUAUAUAUUUCUCUCUUUUUAAACACAAUCAAAAUGAAUAUUCUGCCACGCAAGAAAGCUUAACAGAAUCUAAAUGCUCUGAUGCCAUGUUUACCUAAAGAUCAUUUGUGGUCGUAGUAGAGUAGCAGUAACCAAUAAGUGAGAUCUGGUGCGACCUCCUCGAGGCCAAGCACCAGCUAGCUGGGUGUUUUAAUUCUCUCAUGCAGCUUUUGACAUUUCGCAGUACAGUUGUGCGUUUACCUUGGGUUGGUGUCAUGUGCAGAUGGUGUGAUGUGAUUAGGUCUCAUUCACUGUCAGGGAAAACCCAGUGACUGAGAUGUUUUUGUGUUUGAAAUUGAAAAAAAGAAGAAGAAGAAGACAAAAAAAAUAAUAGUGUUUUCACCAAAAUGCAUUAUGUCACAGUGUAGCUUGAAUCUCCGCACAGGUUUUAUGUCCACUGUCCAUGCCAUGUGUCACUUCAAGAGACUGCGUCUCACACAAACGUGUUAGGUGAAGAGCACGGCCACUGGAGUGCUUAUACAACACAAAGCCAAAAGAAACAAAAAGAAAAAACACAAAAAAAAAACCUGAAAAGGGAUGAACAAUAGAAGCUAUCAUGCACUGCAGAGCGAGGUGGGAGGAUUUAGCUGCCCUUGUACCUGCAUUUCCGUCUGGCACUAGGCCAGUGGCAGAACAGUGCACACUAAAAAACAAAAAGGAAGAUUGCAUGUUUCAUUUUUUGGGUUUGGGGCUGUUGGCUGUGGUAGCGUUUCUUCACUUUUAAAAGGUACAGAGACGCCUGUGCAUGACUUAGUUAAUCUGAGCUGUGACUAUCUUCUGAACACUAACAAAUAUUAAUAAUAAUAAUAAUAAUAAUUUUUAAAAAGUCAGUGGUUUGCUCCCCUGACUUGUAGCGCGUGUCAUCCGGUUCCCUUUGGUGGCGACCUUGGGAUCCUGUUUUUUGAUGUUUACCUUAUUGCCUAAAGAACAAGCACAUGUGACGAUAGUUAUAGCAACAAAAGUUUCUCCUCGGCAUCGCGUUUGGUUUAUAUAUAGGUACGGAUUCAUGCAGUGUUUUGAGCUGGGAGAGGAGCUUGCGUAUUGAUCUUGUGUUAUAUUUGUGUGACAGACCUCCCCUCGUGGUUGCUAUGCUGGUUGCUAUGCUGUAUUUGCUAGAACAUGUAGAAACGUGGUGCGACGGAGGCAGCCUCCCUCUCACAGUGCACACAGACACGAGACGACAGGACAGCAGGAAAGCAUUCAGGCUGUUAAAACACGCACUCUCUCUAUCACCAUUUCUUCUCUCUUUUUUUUUUUUUACCCUUUGUGUCAGCUUGUCACUUCAGUUCCACAGAGCUGUGUGUGUUUGUGUGUAUGUGUGCGCGUGUGUUACAGGACGCCUUUAGGACCCUCACUGUCCUCUCUGCACUGUGAUAGCAUAUAACAAGGGUAACACUUGGCCCAGAGACUCAAUUAACAAGGCUUACUUCUUCCUGUCUUGUGCACUGCCAGUGUUGACACUGCCUCCUCCUGUAGUGGAGUCAUCCGUGAUGAAAGUUGUCAUAGUUUACACAGGGUGUUGUCAGUUGAGAUGCCUUAAGUAUUUAACAAUCAUAAUUUAUUACUAACUGUAGAUACUGUGGGUAUGUAUUUAAUUUUAUAUAGUUUUUUUUUCGUUUUCUGGAGUUGGGUUGACUGAAUCAUAAUUUAUUUAUUUACAAAUAUAACAUGAAAAGGCUAUUAAAAAUGGAUACCUCAUGUUUUUUUGGUUGCAUUGUUUUAAAUGGGAAUGCUUUGCAUGCAGUUGUACUUUUUCGGAACACUAAAAGUAAAAAAAAAAAAAGGGGAAAAAAGUUCUGCUGUUUGAUCUCCACAAGCUGGCUGUGCGAUGUUUACUGACCAAGGCUGAGCUACUGAGCCCGUUCUUUCUCUUUCUCUCUUCCUGUCUCUCUCUAUGUCUCUUUUUCUCUUUCAUGUGGUGCUGUGGAUCUUGGUUACAUUCCAUUCAAUGCAAUCUCUCCAAUCCCCCAUGCUGUGAUGUAGUGAACAAACUGCAAGUGAAUUGGUUUUGGUUUGUGACAACUUUUUUCUUUUUUUCCCUUUCUUUUGCACUAACUUGUUUAAAAUGGGAACCCUCUCACUGGCAAAAAAAAAUAAUAACAAUAUUUUAGAUUAUUUAAAUGAACUGGCUUUUAUUUUUUUAUGCUCUGCUUCUCACACAAUGCACUAAGGGUCUUAAUGAAACAUGUUCCUUUGCUUUAACUCUUUGUGUUAUCUCUUCAGUUUUCAUCUCUCUAGUGUUUCUCUGUUCGUUGGUUUCUUAUGUUGUUGUUUUUUUUUUCCCCAAAAUGCUUUGUAGAUUUAAGCAUAACAAGUGCCUCGCUUUAAGUGUUAGGGGAUAUUUCCAUAUAACGGAAACCAUGAACAACAAUCAGUCCAUCCACCAUGCCUUACUGGUUGCUUAGUUAAUUAAAUGAAUGGAAAACGAAGGAGCUGAGACAACAUUUGACUAAAGCCAUUAUAAUCAAUCAAUCCAAGUCAAGCUGUCCAAAAACUAGCUGCCGGUUUGUAGUACCGAAGCACUGCAUUGCUGUGGAAAUAGCUCUGACUAUAAAGAGGCAUGUUUCACCGUGGGCUUUACAGCGGUCCUUUCGAUGUACUUCUCCAUUCUGUUUUCUCCUCUUCUUUCCAUCUCCGUUUGAUUUUACCGUCCGUCCCCCCUCUCCGACUCUCUCUCUGUUUGCUUUCACAGUCUAAAAAAGGAAGGCAAGGAUUUAAAGCACAACCUUUUCUAAAGAACAAAAAAACAAAUGCAUGUUUUCUCAGGUUUCAGUGUAGUCGCAAUGGUUUCAUAGUAUAUGGUGAAAAUAUAUACAAAGAAUAUAACAGAAAAAACAUUAUAAAUUUUGUUGCUGCUUGAAUCUGACAAAAACCAACAAGUGAAGAGAAACUAUCCCAAAAAGUGCCAGUGAAAGGGCUGCCGCCAUCCUUGUAUGAAAACCUGCUGUUUAGCUGUGACUGCGCAAUGUUUUUUCAAAAUAGGAUAUUUUAUCUGAAAAUAGAACUAUUUAUCAUUAAUAUUAAAGCAAUAGCGCAUUAAAAUGGUUUUGAGCGUGCUGAUGAUGAAGUGGAUGAGCCUGUUAUGGGUAAAUGUUAGAUUUACAUUUGGUGGAAUUUUGUACUUUAUUUAUUAUUACUACUACUAAUAAUGAUGAUAAUGAUCUCAAAGGUUGCAUUGCUAAACCCAAACUGUUCUGUUUUUAAUUUUUAUUUUAUUUCAUGGCUUGUAUAUUAUCCUUUUAUAUGUGCUCUUUUUGUAAUAAACUUGAUAAAAUGGAAGUGAA